AUGUCUGAUGCGGAAGAUGCCUUUAAUGAUGGUCCAGAACAUUACGAAGAUUUUGAAAAUGAAUAUUUUUCAGAUGAAGAAUUGAUAGUUGAUGAACAGACAACAACUAAUAAUAACAAUAAUAAAAUAAACGGUAACAACGUAGAAAAAGAUAGCGAAAAUAGAACAAUUAUAACUGGUGGGAACGGAGAAUAUGAUGAGAUUCAUACUAGAAGAAAAACUUUAAAAGAAAAAGCCAUUCCAAGAGAAGAAAGAACAACUACUCCCUAUAUGACUAAGUAUGAAAGAGCAAGAAUUUUGGGUACGAGAGCGUUACAAAUUUCCAUGAAUGCUCCAGUUUUUGUAGAUUUAGAGGGUGAGACUGAUCCAUUAAAGAUAGCUAUGAAAGAGUUGGUUGAGAAGAAAAUUCCUUUAGUUAUUAGAAGAUACUUACCUGAUGGAUCUUUUGAAGAUUGGACUGUCGAAGAACUAAUUGUUGAUUUUUAA